CCAACAAAGACAGCACUUCACGACGCGAACAUCAUCCACGAUCAAAGGCUGCUCCAUCUGUUAGCACCGCCACACGAACACUUGUCUCCUUCGUCGUUAUUCCACAAUCUAGUUCCUUUCUGCCACUCUCGGCGCACUGUACGCCGACACGGUCGCCAUGACCGCGGAACCGUCCUUCACGCAAGUUGCGGCGAGGCGAACGCUCGCCAAAGACCCACUGCCGCCGCAGGAAACACCCAAGAAGAAGAAGGAAUAUCCUCCUUCGCUUCUGGAUUAUGUGACGCGGGCUUUUUCCGAGUUCAACAAACGCAAAGACGAGCCCGCAUUCUCCGGCAUUCUCGAUGCCGAUAUUCGCGCGGCACUCUCCAAAGUGAUCAUGGAAGUGGAUGACAGCCCGAUCAUAUAUGAGCGUGAUUGGAAGGCAUUCCCGCUACCUCACCAGAUCCUUCUUGAAGCCCGGCAGCAGGCUGCGCUCUUCAGUCGACAGCAAGAAAUGCUUACUAACCCCGAUCCCACUGCAUCGCUUCAAAAUCCUCUGUAUGCCACGAAUACCGAUCCGACCGCAUCGCUCCAAAACCCUUUGUAUGCCACAGGAGCUGGCACGCGAAAACGGAAAUCACCGGACCAAAACGGCAGCGAAUCGCACGGACGAGCCGUCACACCACCGUGGAAGAAGAAGAACACUAUGGCGAAAUUGACAUUGGCCGAUCGUGUGACUGGCGCUGUUGGCAAGAGUAAGAAUCAGGAUAAGAAGCGCAAAGAGACGACCAACACCAGCUGGUUCGAUACCAGCUCAGAUGCGCUUGAGCGACGCCGGCAACGUUUCGGUCAGAUUUCCUCCGAUGAUAUCUCCCCCAUUUCCUCUCCCCGUAUAGAUGUUUCUUCACACGACGCGCACGCUGGACCCAUCAUUGGAACAUGUCAGACACUCGAAAAGAACUACUUUCGGUUGACGGCGCCUCCUAUUCCAAGCUCAGUUCGACCAGUACCUGUUCUAGAGAAGACAUUGGCACUCAUCAUAGACAAAUGGCGCACCGACAAGGACUACACAUAUGUCUGCGAUCAACUGAAGUCACUACGACAAGACCUCACGGUCCAGCGCAUCAAGACGGCAUUCACCAUCAAGGUGUACGAAGUACACGCGCGCAUUGCCCUGCAGAUGAAGGACUUGGGUGAGUACAACCAGUGUCAGACGCAGUUGCGUGCACUGUACAAGAUGAGGUUGGGCGAGAAUGGCGGCAGUGGCGGAGAAGAAGAUGAGUUUUUGGCUUACCGCAUCCUGUAUCUGAUUUACACGCGAAACCGGGUCGACAUGAACAACAUGUUGGCCGAACUAACUCCAGCAGACAAGAAUGGGCCUUUCGUGCAGCUUGCUCUCCAGGUGCGCAAGGCCCUCGCGUCCGGCAACUACCAUAAAUUCUUCCAGCUAUACAACGAUUCCCACGACACUGGUAUGGUACCAUACCUGAUGGAUAUGUUCGUUGCUCGAGAGCGGCUUGCUGCGCUGGCUGCCAUGGGGAAGGCAUACAAGCCCGACGUGAACAGUGAAUUCGUGGCCAGAGAGCUUGCAUUUCACAUCGACAGCCCUGCUGACUCGGUGUUUGACAACGCAACUCUUCAGGCUUGUCUCGCGUUCAUCUGCCAAAACAACGGCGAGAAUCUCUUACAAGAAAAGGACGGAUCUACGCGCUUCCUCACUGGCAAGGCCGGCAACAUUCUCGAGAACGCCAAGCGAGCUGCCUUCGGCAUGACCGACAUCAAAGGUCAAAUAUGA